CAAAAGGAGUGCGCGAACGUCUGAAUCAACUCCAUCGACCUCAAUAAAUUCACACCCAAACCCGAUCCUAACCGUUUUAUCGUCCACGGCUCUCUCUCAAAAUCAAUGGCAUCCAUUUCCAUUUAUUCUUUGCCAUUCCUCUGUCUGCCAUUGAUACAGUACUCUGAGGAUUGGCACCAAAACAAUUCAGAACACAAAAGAAGGAUACCAACUUCGUAUCAGAUCCGUCCAAUGCUUCAACUUCUCAUUCUUCUCUCUCUAGACGUAGACUCUCUCUCUCUACCACACUUCAAUUGUCUCCGUAUCUUGAAGAGCUUGACAACAACCCAGACAUUGAUCACAAUGAAACAUUGGGGCAAUUCAUCAAGUCAAGGGGUUACUCGGAGUUUUUCCAAAAGGCUUAUCUCGUUCCAAUGUGUGCUUCAAUCUGGUCCUGCCCUUCAGAAGGAGUAAUGAGCUUUUCUGCUUAUUCUGUUCUUUUAUUUUGUCAUAAUCAUAAUCUGCUUCAGCUCUUUGGCCGCUCUCAGUUGCUUACUGUCAAAUGGAGUUCAAAUAAUUAUGUAAAUAAGGUUAGACAAGAGUUGGAGAGCAGAGGUUGUCAAAUAAGAACUGGCUGUGAGGUGCAUUCUGUUUCCACAGUUGACGAGGGUUGUUUCAUAAUAUGUGAAGAUGGUUCACAAGAAAUGUACAAUGGUUGCAUAAUGGCCAUCCAUGCUCCAGAUGCUUUAGAAAUGUUGGGGGAAAAAGCCACAUAUGAUGAAACUAGAGCACUUGGUGCUUUCCAAUAUGUCUAUAGUGAUAUUUUCCUUCACCGUGACAAAAGUUUAAUGCCCAAAAACCCAGCAGCAUGGAGUGCAUGGAAUUUUCUUGGUACUACGGAUAACAAAGUACGUGUAACAUAUUGGCUCAAUGUGCUCCAGAACAUUGAUGAAACAAACUUACCAUAUCUGGUAACUCUUAAUCCAUUUCAUACACCUGAGCAUACAUUGCUGAAGUGGUCAAUUGCCCAUCCACUCCCUACAGUUGCUGCAUCAAAAGCUUCAUUUGAGCUUGAUCGAAUUCAAGGGAAGAGGGGAAUAUGGUUCUCUGGAGCUUACCAUGGAUAUGGAUUCCAUGAGGAUAAGCUAAAGGCUGGCAUGGCUGCUGCCCAUGGUAUUCUUAAAAAGAGUUUUCUUGUUGUGAACAACCCAAAGUGUAUGGUACCUUCUUUGGUCGAAACAUGGGCGCGCAUUUUUGUUACUAAGUUUCUUCAAUUUUAUAUCUCCACUGGCUCCCUAAUCUUAUUGGAAGAAGGAGGUACUAUUUUAUCCUUUGAGGGACCAAGAAGGAAAAGUCUUCUUAAAACUUAUCUGAAAAUUCACAAUCCCCAGUUUUACUGGAAGGUUGCUUCGCAAGCUGAUUUAGGCCUUGCGGAUGCAUACAUUAAUGGCGAUUUUUCUUUUGUUGAUAAAAGUGAAGGUCUUCUGAAUCUUUUCCUGAUUUUUAUUGCCAACAGAGAUUUAAAAACUUCUGUCUCAAGGUCUAAUAACAAAAGGGGCUGGUGGACACCAUUGCUUUCCACAGCUGGAAUCGCAUCCACAAAGUAUUUUCUCAAGCAUGUUUUGAAUCAGAAUACUCUUACCCAAGCUCGCAGGAACAUCUCUCGUCAUUAUGACUUGAGUAACGAACUUUUUUCUCUGUACUUGGAUGAAACAAUGUCAUACUCCUCUGCAAUAUUUAAGACUGAAAGUGAAGACUUGAAAGUUGCACAGCUGAGAAAAAUCUCAAUCCUGAUUGAAAAAGCUAGAAUUGAUGAGAAACAUGACGUUCUUGAUAUUGGUUGUGGUUGGGGAACUUUAGCUAUUGAAGUUGUCAAACGAACUGGAUGCAAAUAUACUGGCAUCACCUUAUCUGAAGAGCAACUGAGAUUUGCAGAAAUGAGAGUGGAGGAAGCUGGCCUUCAGGACCGCAUAAGAUUUCUUCUCUGUGACUAUCGCCAAUUACCUGAUACCUACAAAUACGACAGGAUUAUCUCUUGCGAGAUGAUAGAACAUGUUGGCCAUGAAUACUUUGAGGAGUUCUUUAGGUGUUGUGAAUCAGUAUUGGCCAAAGAUGGGCUUCUUGUCCUACAGUUCAUAUCAAUACCAGAUGAAAGGUAUGAUGAGUACAGACGAAGCUCAGAUUUCAUAAAAGAAUAUAUCUUCCCUGGUGGAUGCCUGCCUUCAUUAAGUAGAAUAACAUCAGCCAUGGCUGCUUCAUCCAGACUCUGCAUUGAGCACCUAGAAAACAUUGGCAUUCAUUAUUACCAGACACUCAGAUGCUGGAGGAAAAACUUGAUGAAGAACCAGAGCAAAAUUCUUGCAUUGGGAUUCGAUGAAAAGUUCAUCCGGACAUGGGAAUACUAUUUUGAUUACUGUGCAGCUGGUUUCAAGACUCGUACGCUUGGGGAUUAUCAGAUUGUAUUUUCACGUCCCGGCAACGUCGCUACUUUUGCUGAUGCAUAUGAGGAUGAUGAGGAUCGACCUUCUGCUUAUUGAUCAUGUGACCCCUAGAAAGAUUGUGUUUGAAGAACCUUUUAUUUUGGCUGUCUCCUUCAAUUUACGGAUUGCUUUACCAAUAAGGAAAGGUGACUUGUCACUCUUUCAUUCGUGUAUUUCUCAUUAUCUAUUUGUUUACAAGAGUACUUGAUUUGCAUUGUGAUGUUUCAAAAUGAUAACCAGACAAUAGUUUGGUAUACUAUUAAUUUGUAUUGUAUACAACCUUUUGCAAAGACAAUAGUUUGGCAUACAA